UGGCAACACUGAUAAGAUCUGGCGUCAAUUAGUUAGAUCAAAAACAUAAAUCGAAUAAUGUAGUUUCUAAUUACUUAGCGAUGGACAUUUUUUUUAUAUAACGCGAUGGCAAUCCUCUUGGACUUCCCACGUCGUGGGGGCGACUUGGGUUUGUGCCGGACUCUCCAGCUAAAACCAUCGCGGUGUUCCUCCUUUGCCUGUGGCCGUGACCCGGGACGCCCUUGCGGAAUCACCGCAAUGAAUAAAUGAUCUGAUUAGUAUACUUUUUAACCGUCAUUUAUAAUUUUAGCACAAUUUUAUGGAGCAUACCGCCAUUUUUGCAGUGUACUUUUUUGUUUGCUUUAUUUUGUAUUAUGCAUUCACGCAGUAAACAUCUAGGUGACACGAUUGGUACUACGUGGCAGGAAAGUGCAUUGCAAGUUCACUGUAAAUUUUUGUGACGCUCUUCGUGAACUGACACUCCAUCUAGACUGUAUAUAAUCAAAUUUACGACUAAAAUCAACGGACAGUUAAACCUUGUGAACUCAUUCGCAGUUGUUGAGCACGGAUCCCUAAACAUAAUGUGUAAAUGCAAUUGAGCAUGAACAGCUUCCAUUAUAAAUACUUGAUAAUUUAAUGUUUGUUGCCAUUGUAUUAAAAUAAAAGUUUGAGACCCAUUCGAACUGUUUUUUCUGUAGAUAUUAUUUGACAAGAUGGGAAGUACUUUGAAAAAGAAGACAAUGUUCAAAUUGUUCCAUUUGAUAGUAGCAACUAUUGUUCUUGUGUGUAACGGAAACGGCAUUUUCGCAAUGGACAGUUUUCUACAUGCUCAGCUAAGUACAGGUAACCAAAUUUUCGCAGGAAAACUUGCACACGAACUGCUCUCUCAAAAACCAGAUAAAAGCUUCAUUGUAUCUAGUCUGUCUGCGUUGCUACCUUUUGCACAACUUGCUGUAUUUUCCAAAGAAAGGGUUUUAGAAGAGCUGCUUAAGCUCCUGAAUGUUCAGAAUAAAGACCAGAUAACAGAUGCAUUACCUCUAAUAGUUGCGGAACUUAAACGUCCAAAAAAUGUAACAAUGACUAUAGCUACUAAGUUUUACGCAAACAUAGGCAAUCCACUGAGUCAAAACUUUAUAUGUGACUCAAAAACAUAUUUCGAUGCCGAUGGGGAAACUCUUGACUUCAGCAAAAAUCACUUGGCCGCUGACAAUAUAAAUAAAUGGGUAGCAAAGAAGACUGAUGAUAUGAUAACAAACAUCGUGACUCCGAAUAUGUUCAACUCAAACACCCGUCUCGUCCUGGCUAACGCUAUAAGCCUAACGGCUGAUUGGUUAUAUCCGUUUGACGUACAUUCAACGUAUGAAGCGCAGUUUACAAAAGUCAAUGGUCAUCAAGUCACAGUGAAAAUGAUGUACCAAACGAAUGAUUUUAACUAUUAUGCACAGUCAGACUUCCAGGUCCUGGAAAUGUUCUACGUAGGAAAAGAUAUUAGUUUUUUAACUAUUCUACCAAAUGACGCAAAUAACUUGUUGAAUAUUGCAAAAAGUCUGAGUGACCCAGAUUUUGUUAUUUACGUGAUGGAAAACCUUUCUCCCACUAAAAUUGAAGUCAAAAUACCAAAAUUCGAACUAACAAGCCGAAUAGACUUAAAGGAUGUACUAAAGAAGAACGGCGUCACCGCUAUAUUUCAAUCGGGUACGACAGGACUUGAAGAUAUUUUAGAAAACAAGGAGUCUAUUCACGUUACUGACGCGCUACAGGUAGCUCGUAUUAUUGUUGAUGAAGUGCACACUCAAGCAGCUGCUGCCACAGUUGUGAUAGCUGGUUUGAAGAUGUCUCCACAAUAUAAUAAGAUGCUCUCCUUCAAUGCGGAUCGGCCGUUUGUGUUCUCCAUACUCAAUCGUAGGAAACGAGUGAUGUUGUUUAACGGAUUCUAUAAUGGUCCACAGUAAAAUGUUUACCAGAAUAUUGUAUCAUACAAUUUUCGUUUCAAAAUAAACUUUUAC